AUGGGAGACGGCGCCACGGUGACGUGGAACGCGUCUCCGGCGCCGUCGACCGAGAUACAAGCACAGGGCCAUGAUGCCCUCGUGGGCACCCGAGUGUCCCGCCGGCGACGGGACAGAUAUUCAGUGGCCCUCUCGUUUAACGUGGCCGCAUUCCUGCUUCCGGCCAUAUACAGCACCCUGGCCAAGCUCUGGGUGGCCCGAAUCGACUCAAGCAUGGUCGUCACCACAGACGUCUACACGUACAUUGCCACCAUUGCCGAGGUCAUCAACGAGGGUCUCCCACGCGCCUCAUGGACCACCAUCGGCGACAAGUGCUCUCGCAAACACAGCCAACGAUUAGCCUUGGCACAUACCCUCAUCCUCGCGCAGGCCCUUCUAGGGCUCGCCCUUUCGCUCAUACUGCUCGGCGCCGCAGAGACUUUCGCCAAAGGCUUCGUGCCCCUCGAGGUGCGCCAGCAGAGCAUCACGUACGUGCGCAUCGGCAGCUUCUCGGUACUCAGCGGUGCCAUCGAGGCUGCCGUUGCCGCAGCGACGAGAGCCCUCGACGAGCCCGACGUUGCCCUCAUAUUGAGCUGCAUCAAGUUCGCUGUAAAUAUUAUCCUCGACUUGCUGCUGAUCUCGACUUUCAGAGUUGGGAGCCUCGAGCCGACCGUGAAUUUGCAGGCGAGCAUCCAGCUGGCCUGCAAUCUUGCGGCUGCGUUCGGCGGCCUCGCCUACUUCUUGUUCAGAAACUACCUCGGGCCAAGGGAGAGGGAACGAUCGGCCAUCCGCACGGCCCCCAGUCUCUGCGCCCUCAAGAUCCUGCUUCGCCCUGCCAUCCCGACCUUUGUCGAGUCGGCCAUUCGAAACGCCUUUUAUUUGUGGUUAGUCACCACAAUAGUAUCCUUGGGUACAGUGUACGCCACGGCUUGGGGCGUCUUCAACACCAUCCGUUGGGGUCUCGUCAUGGUCCCCGUGUCGGCCUUGGAAGCCACGACACUCACCUUUGUGGGACACAACUGGGGCCGCUGGCGGAGGGACACUGGCAUCGCCACGCUCCGGCCCCGGACGAGCCUGGCGUCCUUGUGUCGAAUCGUCCGUCCGGCGUUCAUCUCCGCCGCCGUGGCGCUCGCAUUCGAAGUGCCACUCUGCAUCGCUAUGUAUUUUGUGGGAGCACGCUCGUUCGCACGGUACUUGAGCGGCAGUGACGAAGUGGCCGAAGUGGCCGCACGAAUGUGGAGGACGUUGGACUAUUGCUAUAUUGUGUACGCCGUGUCGACGCAGAUGAGCGCGAUCUUGCUCGCGACGCGGCCGAAAUGGUAUCUUUGGCAGAGCUUGGCCAGCACGUUUUUAUACGUCCUGCCCUGGACUAUCGUCUGCCAGGUCGCCAAUCUGGAUAAGAACAACGCCUGGACAUACCAUGCGCUGACGUUUGGAGGCAGUCUGGUGAUGAGCUUCAUCUGCAUCAUGGCGGUCCUAGGGCUGUGGGCGUGGACUCUGAGAACGGGGAGGGCACACUUGGAAGUGGUUAGGGUCAUGUCCGACAGCCCUUGA